AGAAAAUACUGGAGAAGACGAAUGAAAUACUGGAGGAGGAAGAGAAUGUUCUGGCUCAGGAGGUGAUGCUGGAUGCCCUCAUGAGGUCCGAGUGCCACCAGAAGGAGAGGGCAUUCUGGGUCCGUGAAGACCAGCCCAGUCGGAUGUCGUCCCAUGACUUGGCAGAAGUUGGUGUCCUUGGCCUUGAAGAUCUUGUCCCGGCUGAAUCCGAGACCCUAUGUGUCAGAGGAGCAGCUGGAUCUGAAGGUGAAGUCUAUGAUUCCAAGGGCUGUGCCAAAGGAGCUUCAGAGGUGGUCGGUACUCAGGAGCCGCUUCCAGAGCAAAAGGAAGUCCACCUUAAGGACCAGCCCAACAUGGAGAAGAAUGAUCAAUAAGUUGAGGAGCUCUGGAGAAAAUCUCAAUACUGAAUUCUUAGAUCCAAACACUGAGCAGAGUGUGAACAAAGGGAGAUUUGUUCCCAAACUGCAGCAGGAAGAAGAGGUAGAAAGAACAAGAAUUCAGGAAGAGUUGGACAGACCAGAUGAAGUGAAACCUGAAGAUCUGGAAUCUUCUGUCAUGGAAAACUCUGGAACUACAACUAAAGAUCCAGCAGUCUGUGGUGAGCUUUUAUCAGACAACAGCAGGAAUUCUGUUCUGGAUCCUUCUGGACCUGAAAAGCUGCCAAAAGUUCCAACUGUUCAGGUGACAGAAAAAGAUUCAAGUCAACUGUCACAUUCCUGUUCUGAGGACAUUCACAUGAGGCAUGAUGUGAAAAACUGUGCUGGACCUCUAGCUGAACUCUCUGUGGGGAGUAAAAGUCUAAGAAACUCUCUUGAGGCUCCUAAGGAACUGAAAGUGGAACCUCCAGGAUUUCUGUCUGGAAAAGAACUGGUUGGUGAAGAUGGCAGUUUUUGCAACCCAGAAGCUUCUGUGAUCUCAGACCUGAACCCAGACCAUGCAGAGUUUGACCCGGGUGGAGAAACAGACUCUCCUCCUGUGUUGAAGCCAAGUGUCAAAUGGGAAACUCAUCAGUCCACUGACUUCACAACAUCCACUUUAUCCACAGCCGCUGUAGAUCCUCGUGUUGGACAAAAUGAGACUGAAGCCUCAGCAGGGAACAGUGACCUUGACUUUACCCUCGGUCCAAAAAUGACAGAACACGCCAACAAGAACAACAACAACAACAAUCGUCUGGGCCCGUGGACAUACAAGGAGUCUGGAGACAGCAACCCUCUUGAAAUGGACACAAGCUGUGGAAGCAGCACCAAAGUGUCACUUGACCCGCUACCCACAGAAGAAGUAAAGACUUCACCACCAAACGUACCAUCUGACCUCCCUCUAAUGUUUGAUCCAGGUGGAUGGGAGCUGGAUGAAGAUGUGCCAGACUGUCUUCAAAGCUCUGGUGCUACAAGGACUUCCCUGUGUGGUUCACCUGAGAUCCAGGUCGAUGGGAGCACGAUGGCGCUGACAGAUUUUAAAACCCCGGUCAUACUGGACAUGGGUUCUGGGUUGAUGAAGGCAGGCUUUUCGGAUCAAGACGGGCCUACAGCUGUACUGCCAAUGAUGAUUGGAAUACCAAAAUAUGAGGAGCUGAUGAACGGUGACCUGGAGAAGGACGCCUAUGUUGGACAUGAGGCUCAGCACAUGAGAGGUGUCCUGGUUCUGAAGCACCCCAUUAAAAAUGGAAUCAUUCAAAACUGGGACGACAUGGAAAAAAUCUGGCAUCACACAUUUCAGCAGCUGCGUGUGAAUCCAGAGGACCAUCCCGUCCUGCUGACUGAGGCAGCCAUGAACCCGGUGGCAAAGCGUGAGCGGCUGGUGGAGAUGAUGUUCGAGUGCUUCAAUGUUCCGUUCACCUACGUGGCCAUGCAGGCGGUGUUGGCGCUUUACAGCGCUGGCAGAUCCACAGGUCUGGUGUUUGAUUCGGGAGACGGUGUGAGCCACAGCGUGCCAGUGUUUGAUGGAUACACUCUACCUCAUGCCAUCCAACGCGUCCCUCUGGCUGGUGCAGAUGUUACGAUGCAACUUAAAAAGCUCCUUCAGGAGGGCGGAGUCAGCUUGUCCACCUCUGCAGAGCUGGAGAUUGUGAGGGAGAUGAAGGAGCGGUGCUGCUUUGUGGCUGUAGACUAUGAAGCUGAGCUGGCUGACGGGGAGGCGUCCUGCAGGGAGGCGGACUACGCCAUGCCUGAUGGCCAGGUGGUCACCCUCCACUCGGAGCGCUUCAGGGCCCCUGAGGUUCUUUUUAAACCAGAGUUGAUUGGACGAGAGCAUCCCGGGGUCCACGAGAGCAUCUUCAAAUCAGUCAUCAGCUCCGACCUUGACCUGCGACGUCACUUCCUGGGAAACGUUGUCCUGUCAGGUGGAAACACUCUCCUGCCUGGAUUCUCUGAGCGGCUCCAGGCUGAAAUCCGAGGCCUGUUACCUGGAAACAUGAGGGGGUGUGUCCGCAUCACCAGCCCCAAAGACAGAGAGUUCUCUGUGUGGAGGGGCGGAGCCGUCCUGGCGGCCCUGCCCACCUUCAGCGUGGCCUGGAUCAGUCGGGAUGAGUAUGAGGAGUACGGGCCGCAGAUAGUCGGCAGGAAGUGCUUCUGAGCCAGACGCCGGCGCGUCCUGCAGGCAGCCGAGCUCUGAUUGGUCUCCGGUCUCAUGUUCUGGACCGAGUCAAUCUGAUCAGUUUUAAAUAAUAUUGAAGGAUUUUAUGUGUCAUAUCUUUAAGUCUGACAGCAAAUCACGAAUGAAUUAAUUUGUGUAAUUUUCAUGUUUGACUGUCGAGCUGCAGCUGUUUCUGUGAAAUGUGAAAUAUUUCAGGGGAAGUAACUUUAAAUUUUUCUUCUUUUAAGGCUCGUUUUGUCUUAAAAAUUGCACUUUUUAACCCCCCCCCGCCCAUGUGACAUACGGUGGGGCUGUGGGAUACAUUAUCUCCUGAUGACUGUUAUAUUAAAAAAAAAAAAAAAAAAAAAGCAACACUUCAGGAGCAGUCUGCGUAAUUAUUAUAUAGUUUUUGUUCAUUUUUGUGUAUUUAACACUUUUUUAAAGAACACUGUAUUUUCUGUCCAUCUGUUCAGUUAAAUUUCACAUCAGCAUAAAAUUAAAUGGAACAAACUACACUCAAAGGUACCAAAACCUUAAAUCAUGUUUGAUGCUGAAGGCAAAGUUUUGUAUUUUUGUUUAAGGAUUUAAAGAAGCAUUUUGUUAUAUUGACCAAAAAUAGUAAAACCAUAAAACUGUGCCAUUGUUUAGUUUGUGAUGGCUUUUUCCAUUUGGAUCAAGUUUGAGGUGUGUGUGUGUGUGUGUGUGUGUGUUUUGGGGGAGACCAGCACUGAGUCCUGUGGUGUGCUUGACGGUUGUGUACGGCAUCCAAAAUAUAUCCGCAUGAAUUCUGACAUCUGUGGUCAUUGAAUAUUACUUUACAUACUUUUUUUUUUUUUUGCCAUUUGUGUUGUUGUGCCCUUUAUAUGUACAGGGUUUUUUUUUUUUCUUUGUUUUCUACGUGAAGUGGUUUUAACCUAAAUCUUGGGUCUUCUGUGGAAACUGCAAAUGUUGACCAGCACCAAUAACAUCAGUCUUAAGAACACGUUCCUGUUAAUGUGCUGUACUUUACAUUU